AUGACCCUAGACGAGCCAACUACCGAAACUCCAUCGAGAGGACGAUCAGGCAGAACGUCGUCCGGGGCCCGGUCAACCUCCCGCCCUCCCAUGAUUACUCGAUCCAAACAAAGGGAAAUCAACCAACAGAAAUUAGUCGCAGACACCCUUGCAGCGGCAAACCUCCAGGUAGAGGAAGCGACGGGCAAGAUGGAGGAUCUGCAACAUAAAUUGCAGAUCACACAGGAACGUCUGGAGUCGGCUGCUAGAAAGACACAUGAAUUGGAGAAAAAAGUUGUGUUGGAAAGCGCGGAGGCAAGUCGAAAGACGGUGCAAAUUGAUUGGGAUUUCAGAUACUUUAUUACUUGGCCGCCUAUUAUUUAG